AAAAUUAAUAAUAAAAUAUUAAAUUUAAUAUUAUUAUUUAAAGCUAGAAUAAUAAUGUAGUUUUGAUGAAAUUAAAAAAUAAGAAAGUUAUAUUGUUUGAUAAUGUUUAAGACUUUUUACGGUGAUAAAACAGUUGGAAUUGUUUUGACUAUUUUUAUUAUUGGAUUUUACAUUAUUUUUGUUGAAUCUGGUGAUAAUGAUACAGUCUUGCAUAUUUGCAAUGUCACUAGAAAUGAAAUAUUAUGCAGAGGUGCUGGAUUACGAAGUGUACAAAUGGCAAUUUCAAAUUCAUCAUCAGGAAAAUAUAAUAAUAACAACGUGACUAAAAUAGAUUUGAGUAAUAAUAACAUCACUCACAUUCCAGCUCAUGCUUUUCAUCAUGUACCAAACAUUGAAAUUAUUUUACUUCGAAGAAAUCGUCUGGCUGUUAUCAAUGGUGGAGCAUUUACAAAUUUAUCAAAUCUUCGAAUUUUAGAACUGGAUGAUAAUCAUUUGUUAGAAAUUCCUGAAGCAAUUAGUAAUUUAAAAAAUUUAACAGAUUUAUCAAUAUCUAAUAAUAAAAUUCGUGGAUUAGGUAUUGGGGUAUUUCAUGAAAAUGUAAAUCUUGUGUCACUUGAUUUACGUGGUAAUCCAAUUAAGACAAUUUACUGGGAAGUUUUUAUAAAUAAAUCAAAACUACGAAAAUUGAUCAUGUCAGACAUUCGUGGUCUUCAGGAUUUUCCAAAUUUAAAUGGCACCAGUUCCCUUGAGGUACUCAAACUAGAUCGUGCAUCACUGACUGAUGUCCCUGAGGAUCUCUGCAAACAUGCCCCAAAAUUAAAGAGUCUUGAUUUAAAAUCAAAUUAUCUUUUAAAAAUACCAAAUUUAAUUGACUGCAAAGAGUUGAGACUUCUUGAUGUAGGUAGUAAUGAAAUAUCAAGUCUCUGGGGUCAACCCUUUUUAAACCAGUGGAAUUUACAUGAUCUUCUACUUUCCAACAAUAAUAUUCGUAUAAUUCCCCAGGAUGCGUUUACUGGAUUAGUUAGACUUCAAGUAUUAGAAUUGGAGAGUAAUGAUAUUGAGUAUAUUCAUCCAGAUGCUUUUCGUCAAAUAAAACAACUUGAAAAUUUAAAUUUGGGAAAUAAUAUUUUUCCAACUUUACCAAUUAAAGGACUAUCAAAUUUAUUACAUCUCAAGACUUUUAAUAAUCCAGCAUUACGUGAAUUUCCAACACCAGAUAGAUUUCCAAAAGUACAAACAAUGGUAUUAUCAUAUGCAUAUCAUUGUUGUUCAUUUUUAUCAAUUGAAUUAGAUGAACCAGUUACAAAAGGAACAGUUGAAGAUUCAGUAUUAUUUCCUGGUGAUGCUGAUUUUGAUAUGGAUUUUUGGAAUUCAAGUCUUACUGACAUCUGGCCACGUUUACAUAAUAUGAGCAACAAAUUCGGCUCACAGAUAAAUGAACUUUGGGAUAACUUUGGCACAGAUUUUACGUAUCCUGGUAACCUGCCGUCAUACAUUGAGGAUUAUUUUGAGGAUGAAGAGGGAAAAACAUUGUCACCAAGUGGACAAACAUUACCAACUCAUGUUCAAUGUCUACCACGGCCAGGUCCAUUUUUACCAUGUGAAGAUUUAUUUGAUUGGUGGACACUUAGAUGUGGUGUUUGGGUUGUAUUUUUAAUGGCAAUGCUUGGUAAUGGUACUGUUGUUUUUGUUAUUAUUUUUUCAAGAAGUAAAAUGGAUGUGCCAAGAUUUUUAGUAUGCAAUUUAGCAGCUGCUGAUUUUUUUAUGGGUGUUUAUUUAGGUUUAUUGGCUGUUGUUGAUGCAUCGACACUUGGUGAAUUUCGUAAAUAUGCAAUACCAUGGCAAAUGUCAAUUGGUUGUCAACUUGCUGGUUUUUUAGGUGUUUUAUCAUCUGAAUUAAGUGUAUAUACAUUAGCAGUAAUAACACUUGAACGUAACUAUGCAAUAACUCAUGCAAUGCAUUUGAAUAAACGUCUAUCAUUAAAACAUGCUGGUUAUAUUAUGACAAUUGGUUGGUCUUUUGCUUUAACAAUGGCAACAUUACCAUUAUUUGGUAUAUCUGAUUAUCGUAAAUUUGCAAUAUGUUUACCAUUUGAAACAAAUGGUACAUCAUCAUUGACAUAUGUUGUAUUUUUAAUGUUUAUAAAUGGUGUUGCAUUUUUAAUAUUAAUGGGUUGUUAUUUAAAAAUGUAUUGUGCAAUAAGAGGUUCACAAGCAUGGAAUUCAAAUGAUUCAAGAAUUGCUAAAAGAAUGGCAUUACUUGUAUUUACUGAUUUUAUAUGUUGGUCACCAAUUGCAUUUUUUUCAUUAACAGCAACAUUUGGAUUUCAUUUAAUAUCACUUGAACAAGCUAAAGUAUUUGCUGUAUUUGUAUUACCAUUAAAUUCAUGUUGUAAUCCAUUUUUAUAUGCAAUAUUAACAAAACAAUUUAAAAAAGAUUGUAUUAUGAUAUGUAAAGCAAUUGAAGAAUCACGGGUUACUAGAGGUAUUGGUAGAUGUAGACAUUCAUCAAAUUUUAGUAAUCGUCAAACACCAGCAAAUACAAAUAGUCUUGUUGAUAGAUCAUCAAGAGAAAAUCAGCCACAGUGUGCUUGUAGUGCACGUCUUAUUGAGGCAAAUCAAUGUACUGAAAGAUGGUGGGCAGCAAAAUUAUUUUGGCCAUGUGGUAAAGAUAAACGUCAACGACAUAAUAGAAGUGAUCAGUAUGCUUAUCAAAUUGCUGAAAUACAACAAAAACAACAUAAACGUGCAUCAUCAGUAUCAUCGAGUGAAAAUUUUUCAUCAUCAAGAUCUGAUUCAUGGAGACAAGCACAUCAUUGUGGUAUACCAUUAAGAUUACUUGAUCCAAAAAGACGUGCAUCAUCAUGGCUUAUAACACGUAAACCAUCACAAGAUUCAAAUUUAAGUUCAUCAAGAAAUGAUUCAUCUGGUUCUGGUACAACUGCAAGUACAAGUACAUGGAGAAUGUCACGUUCAAGUGCAUCACUUGAAGUUAAUACAAGAACAACACCAAGACCAGCAAGAUCAAAACCAAGACUUACUAGACAAUUUGCUAUUCAAGAACCAGAACCACCAGCUAGUCCUGGACGACUUGCUACAAGGCUACUUGCAACUAUACCAUCAGCUGCUGAAAUGAGUGAACAACAAGAUGACGAGUUACCAAGUCAAGCCAAGGAAUAAUAACAUCUUUUAUUUAUAUAAAAAUCUAAAAUUAUAAAUUCAUCAAAUUAUUAUAACUAUUAUUAUUAUCAUUAUUAGUUGUUUAUACAUAUUUUAUUUAUCAAAAUGAUAUGGCUCUUGCAAGUAUUUUCUGAAUCAUAAGACUGAACGCGUUCAUUUUUUUUUUUUAAUUAGAAUUAUUGGAAAUUGAUAAAAUAUAAUUUUCUGUAAUUAUAAAACAAAAAACAAUAUUUAUACAGAUAUU